CCGCGGGUGGCAGGGCGCAGAUAUCCAAUUGUGUAGCUAUGAGCUUAACAACAAACAAAACCACUUUGAACGACAUCUUCGUCGGCCUAGCCCUUGGGCAGCUCCCUACCUAUUGACACGCCACUGAAGGCUAGGAGGAAAAAUGGAUUGUAAAACCAUACGAACAUGAGGUUAGUAAUCCUUGACAACUCAGAUGAAGUCAGUAUCUGGAAUGCCAAGUACAUCCGUAAGAAGAUCCAUGAUUUCAAACCAGGACCAAAUCGCUAUUUCACUCUUGGUUUACCAACAGGAAGUACUCCACUUGGAACCUACAAGAAGUUGAUAGAAUUUUACAAAAAGGGGACUCUGUCAUUUCGUUAUGUGAAAACAUUCAACAUGGAUGAAUAUGUGGGACUCCCAAGGGACCACCCUGAGAGUUAUCAUUCUUUCAUGUGGAAUAGCUUGUUUAAACAUGUGGAUAUCCUGCCAGAAAAUGCCCACAUACUGGAUGGGAAUGCACCAGAUUUACAGAAAGAAUGUGAAGAAUUUGAAAGAAAGAUAUCAGAGGCAGGAGGAAUAGAACUUUUUAUUGGAGGGAUUGGACCUGAUGGACAUAUAGCAUUCAAUGAGCCAGGGUCUAGUCUAGCUUCUCGUACUAGAGUCAAAACACUUGCUAUGGAUACCAUUUUAGCAAAUGCCCGAUUUUUUGACAAUGACCUCACAAAAGUGCCUCGACAAGCAUUGACAGUAGGAGUAGGAACAGUCAUGGAUGCUCGUGAGGUGAUGAUCAUAAUUACUGGAGCACACAAAUCCUUUGCAUUGUACAAGGCUAUUGAAGAAGGUGUGAGUCACAUGUGGACUGUCUCAGCAUUCCAGCUUCACCCUCGAACAAUUUUUGUGUGUGAUGAGGACGCCACUCAUGAAUUGCGUGUAAAAACUGUAAAGUACUUUAAAGGGCUGAUGGAGAUUCAUAACAAGCUAAUCCAAGAGGAUGAACAGCCAGAAGCUGAGAAGCAGUAACUAUCAGCUACAAUAUAAAAUAAACAGUUCUGUACUUUAA